GUGAGGUUACCAGGUAGAACCCCAAGACAUUUUGUGGCAACAGUGGAGAGGGGCAAACCAACAUCCCGAGAACAUGAGCCUCAAGUCCCCAAUGUCUGCUCCUCAGUUUGAGAGCAAAUGCAGCCAUAUUAUGGCUAGAAAUGGAGGUUGUUUUCUAGUCCGGCACACCCCUCAUCCCAGAAGGGUGUGCCACAUCAAAGGUUUGAAUAACAUUCCCAUCUGUACUGUGAAUGAUGAUGAGAACUCACUGGGAACAUUGUGGGGUGUUGGCCAGUUCAACCACUUAGAGAAGGAUGAGACACCAUUUGCCAAAUGCGGUUACCCACCCAGCACUGCGACCCUGGAGAGUCCUGUCAGAGAAGUCACACCGGCCCCAAACCAUAUCAAAAUGCCCCCUCGGCCUCAUUCUGAGCCCUGCAGAAAAAUCAGGGAGUGCUUCAAAACUUCCAGUGAGAAUCCCUUAGCAAUUAAAAAGGAAGAAAUUAAGGUAAAAAAGCCACUGUCACCUCCAAAGGCAUGCUCUACUGCUGGCUCUUGUUCUUCAGAGGUGAUGAGUACCAAGACCGACGUCAAAGAGAACACCAUUUGCAUACCAAACUAUCUGGAUCAGGAAAUCAAAAUUCUGGCAAAGCUCUGUAACGUUUUACGUACUGAUUCCCUGGCGGAAGUUCUACAGUGGCUGGUUCAUGCCAGCACAAAAGAAAAAGAGUGGAUCUCAGCUUUGAUUCAUGCUGAAAUGGCUGAGAUAAAUUUGUUGACUCAACGAAGAAACAUCUCAGCAGAACUAGCAACAGAGAGUAGGAAGCCACCCAAAGUUAAAUCGCCCCCAAAUUCACCUGCAAAAUCUAAAGUACUGACCAAAUCGAGGGAAAGACAGCAACCAACCAGAGUGUCAAGUCAAGGAUCUGAAGGAAAUAAGGAAGUACCAAAAGAGGCUGAACACAGGCCUCCAUUUUUUAUAAGAAGAAAUAAGAUGAAAAUGCCCAUUGCAGAAUAUUUCAGCAGACCAAAGUCUCCUCCCAGGCCUAAAACUCAGGAAAGCAUAUCAACAAAAACAAUGUCAGCAAGAAGUAUACAACAAGGAUGCACCCUCUCUCCCCAGAGAGCAUUUUAUCCUUUAACAUUCCAAAGGUAGAAAUUCUGGACUGCGCUAUUUCUUUCACAAACAUGAUCUUCACUCCA